CUCUCUCUCUCUCUCUCUCUCUGUGGCAGAGCAAUAUCUCCCAAACAGUUACGCUUUCUCUAUCCUCUGUCCUUAAUUCUCUCUGACUUCCAAUUUAAAUCGGAACACAAAUCCCUUUAAUACUAAUAGAGUGAUUGAUCUGAAACAAUCGAUAUGGGGGAAGAAGUGAGAAUCACCGACUAUGACGACAACGUCGGUGGCGGAGACGAAGACAGAGUUUCGGAGUGGGAGGUGGGCCUUCCCACCGCCGAUGAUCUAACGCCGUUGUUUCAGGCGUUGAUUCCGCAGGAGCUGGCCUCGGCUUUUAGUAUUUCACCGGAGCCUCGUCGGAGCGUGCUCGACGUCAAUCGAGCUUCCCAGAACACCCUCUCGAGUCUUCGAGGACAAUCCCAAGCUUUAUCUUCAUCGAACAACUUCAAUUUCAAGUCGUUCAACGAAGAUGGAGCCAGAGACGCAUUGGUUGUGGAAGGACACGAUGCGGAUCUGAUUCGAGAAGGUUCGGAUUCGAGAAAGUUGCAAAAUAUGGAGGGCGGUGGAGGCGCCGAAGAAGCUGACUCGGCUUUGCGUACUGAGAACUGCUCCGAUGAUCCAUCGGCUAGAGCUCUGAAACGACCUCGUUUGGUGUGGACUCCGCAGCUGCACAAAAGGUUCGUCGACGUCGUGGCUCAUUUAGAAAUCAAAAACGCGGUGCCAAAAACGAUUAUGCAGUUGAUGAAUGUAGAAGGAUUGACUCGAGAAAACGUAGCCAGUCAUUUGCAAAAGUAUAGACUGUAUCUGAAGAGGAUGCAGGAGGUGUCCAAUGAGGGGCCAUCGUCGUCGGAUCAGCUGUUUGCUUCCACUCCGGUGCCGCAGAGCUUAAAUGAGUCCGGUGGGAAUGGGCAUGGACAGCAGAACAAUAGUAAUAAUGGGCACAUGGGAAUGCCUAUUCCGAUGCCGUAUCCAAUGCAGAUGGUGCCAAUGCCAGUGCUUGGGAUGGCUCAUCAUGGGCAAGGGCAUAUGGGAAUGCCGGUGGGGACUCCGGGUGUGCCUGAGGGUUUUCAUGGUGGGUAUGAAUCUCAUCAUCAUCCAUAUAAUAUGGUGCAUCAGAUGGAUUGGUCUGGGAAUAAUUUUGGGUCUGUUGCUUCCUAUCGCUAUACUAAUGAUGAUAAAUGAUUAAUGGACUUGGUUGAUUACGAACGAAGAGGAGUUUUGAGAAAGUUGCAGAACUUUACGAAAGGGACUCAGCUUCAUUGUAGCUUGAUUGGUAGCCACGGACCUUCAAACAUGGGAGAAGUUUUAAGGAAAUCAUUAUCAACUCUGAGGUGUAAGAGUUCCAGUGUUAUUGGGGAUUACUUAAGAAAGAGAUGAUAGUACACACUACUCUUCUCCAAAAAAUUUAUGGGAUGCAGGAGUGGAACAAAGUUUGUGGUGAAAGAAGUCAGUUCUGCCAAAUGCAAGUUGAUAAGUAUAUCCCUGACCCGUUAUUUGAUUGAUAAAUUGUCUGACUGGAUUGAACCUUCCUUUUUAGCAACAAAUCAACUGUCAAUAACUGAAAUAAGCAAAAGUUUGUCAGCAAUCCUUGAAUGCUGUCUUAAGUGUCUUUUUAUUGCCUUCUAGGAAAAACAGUACUAGCUAAAUUAGCAU